AUGACCACCGCGUGCCCCAAACACGAUCAGAUCUGCCACUUGAUCUCGGCAGAACCCAGACCCAGCCCCAUGGAUCAUGCGCCCCACCUGAUUCGAGAGCUGGCAGCCGUGCAUCCGCACGAUUUAUACCUACAUACAUACAUCCAGGGUGCUGCAGCAGGCGGUCAGAUCUCGGACGGCCCGCCCUGCUUCCGCAUCUGCCAGAUCCGGCGCCUCGCAUCGCGCCCUGGCGUGCCGGACCCUCAGCUAUUUAGUGGACAGGAAAACCGUGCCCUCCCGGGCCGGGUGAAAAACCCAUACCAACAAUCAAGGAACGAUGCGUUCUGUUAUGUGAAAGAUCCAAGAACCCGCAAGGACGUGAAAGGAUACCUUGAUGAGAAAGCGACGUACAAUUACCCUACAAACUGUCCAACACCAACGCGGUUUGACAACGAAAAGUAG